AUGGGAAUUCAUAUACGGACAUUCCAUUUCGAUAACGACUAUCCCAUUUAUGGGGCACGGUUCGUUGACGAAACCACGUUGCUCAUCACCGGUGGUUAUGGGGAAACUAACCAAGACAUUGGCAAUAAGAUGACGGCUUUAAAAGUCAAUUUCCGUCGUAAACACAAGAAACUCAAGAAAUUCAGAGAAUUGACUCUCCCUUUUGUCUUCAAUUACCCAACAUGUCUCGAUACCAAUGGAGAAUUGAUCAUGGUCGGGUUCAAUGAAGAAGUGUUCAACGAGGACGAGUAUUCGACAUUUCCAGAGUUCUCAAACCUUCGGAAAUAUAAUUGGGUCGAUGAGCACUUGGUAUUCGAAAGACCGGUGGAAUUGUUGGAGGCUAAUGAAAGAAUGACCUCGCUUGUAUCGAUGGUGUACGUAUCAGACGACGGGACCGUAGGGGCAGUGGCCUCGAGUAAUAUGAAGCACCCAAAACUUGUGGUAUUCGAUCCCAUCAAAUUGACCAGGAAGUUUAUCAUGGAUUGUGCUAACAAUGAAUUGGUGGGAGAUAUGCAUAUUAGUCCUGAUGGGAAAUUGUUGUGUUAUAUCACCGAUAGUACGUUCGAGGCGGUAUCGACCAUAACCGGAAGAUCGCUUUUGAAAACCGAUGAAUUCAUUAAAAAAAAUAACAUUUCGUGUCUUAAUAAACUCAGAUUCAUCUCCAAUAAUGAAGUGUUGAUCGCGGGGUCAUUGAAGAAGAAUAAAGGGGUGGCUUUCAUCUUGUAUUCGGUGGCCAAAUUGAAAGUCAUCAAAGUCCAACAUAUUUCCUCCAAAAUCAAGGCGAUCACCUCGUUAGAUUAUUGUCCUGUCAUCAGUCCGCUCACCAAGGCGUUUGAUCCAGAUAACUCGCUCAUUGGGUUCUCGGGAAAUGACAAUUCCAUCACAAUCUUGCGGUACAAGAAUUUCAAAAAAGUGGCGUUUUACGAAAACCCGCAAAGUUUCAUCACCAGGGUGACAUUCUCGCCAACCGGGGAAUAUUUGGCAUCAGUGUCAUCGCAGAAUAGUGUAUUCAUCAUAAAGAUCCCAUUAGAAGAAUUGGUGACUUCAGGUGGCGGCAAUUUCUUCACCUCGCUUUUGUACUCGGUGUUUUGUCUUGUCUUUGUUGGGGUCAUUGCCCUUGUCAUUCAACACGUCAUCAAUAAACGGGUUUUUGACCAUUUAAUCGAACAAAUCAAGAAAAACCGAACUGAUUCAUCAUCUUAUUUCACAAUAAACGAGGUAGCUGAGGAUGAGAUUAUCAGUACCACCGCCCAAGAUACCCCAAAAACAGUGAGCUCUCCAAGAUCGAUCAUCCAAGAAAUUGUUUACGAUGAUAUUAUGAGUAGUUCUAUGGUGCAAUUAAACAGCGCUGCCGCCACCAUCGUGAAGCACGACUCUUCCAAUAGUGCUUCAGUGGUCCAAAUUACUGAGUAUUCCGAUGAUAUGGUUAACAUUAAGCCCGUUACGGUUAUUGGUGAUAAUAUUCCUUCUGUGAGCACUGUUGCUGGCAAUACUCCACAGCCAUCAAAUAUAAUUGCACCAGUAAGUUCAAUUGGGGAAUUAUUAUCAAUCCAAACUGCUCCUGCUGAUCCAAUGGCUGAGUCUAGUAACACUCCUAGCCCUAAUGAACCAUCAUUGGAAAUUAUGUCAACUUCUAGGGCCAUUAUUGAAACCCCAAUAAGUUUAGUUGUUGAAACUCACCAGGUGGAAGUGCAAAAAUCAAGUAUUGAAUCAGCAGUGGUGGAUACCGCAGAGAUUAUUUCAACAUCUAGUGCAGUAGUUGCCACAUCAGUGGAAUUGCAACACACCGCCAUUGCCACUCCAGUCUCAAUGGAAUUCCAAAAACCAAUUGUUUCAGAUAGCUCUGAUAAUGUUAAUGAACCGCAGGUAGUUUCUGGUGCCGAGAAUAUCUCCAAAGUACAACAGGUAGCUGAACCAUCAUCUUUAGAGCAAGUCAGCGAGGUCAAGUACUCUAUGGAAACUCCUAUCUUACAGCAAGUUCCUUCCGUUACUAUUGAAACUUCAUCAACUAUUGAAACUUCAUCUGUUAUUGAAGCCUCGUCUAGUGUCGAAGCUUCAUCUGCUAUUAAAACUUCCUCUGUUGUCGAAACUUCAUCUAGUGUUUCUGAAACCACUGUAUCAACAAUCCCUCCUACUGUCAAUGACAUAAAAACUGCCGCUCCUGCUGAGCCAGAAUUAGCAGGUAUCGACACUCCUUUCGAUAUAAAUGAUAAGGCUCAAGAAUAUGUUCCAUUGGAAUUCCGUGAUGAAAUUCAAUACGGGGCAGUGGUUGAUCCAAAGCAAAUCGCCUCCACCGCAAUUCCUGAACCUAUAGUUUCAGCAGUAAGUGAAAUUGCAGCUGAAUCAGUUGUGUUGAUAGAGACCUCACUGACCACGGUACCACCAAAACAAAGCGAAUCCCAACCGAUUGUACUCAGUUCAGAAACUGUCUCAUCCUCAAAGGAAACAUCGUCUAGUGCGUCAGCUCCAGUUAUUAUCACUCCAAGUGCGGUUAAAAAGGUGGUAGAUAAUGUUAGUGAAAUAGUAUCUUCAAGUGUUGACAGUGCUAUUGUUUCAUCACUGGAUAUCCCAGUGGCGGCAAGUUCCACAGCAAUUGAAGAAUCUGUGGUGAAUGCUCCUCCUAUUCAACAACCUGUACAAGUACCAAUUAUUCAAGAAGCAGUCGUUCAACCACCAGUUGUCGAGGCAUCUAUCGUUAAAGCACCGGUUGAAAUACCAGCUGUUCAACCACCAGUUGUCGAGGCACCUAUUGUUAAAGCACCGGUUGAAAUGCCAGCUGUUCAACCACCAGUUGUCGAGGCACCUAUCGUUAAAGCACCGGUUGAAAUGCCAGCUGUUCAACCACCAGUUGUCGAGGCACCUAUCGUUAAAGCGCCGGUUGAAAUGCCAGCUGUUCAACCACCAGUUGUCGAGGCACCUAUCGUUAAAGCACCGGUUGAAAUGCCAGCUGUUCAACCACCAGUUGUCGAGGCACCUAUCGUUAAAGCACCGGUUGAAAUGCCAGCUGUUCAACCACCAGUUGUCGAGGCACCUAUCGUUAAAGCGCCAGUUGAAAUACCAGUUGCUGAAACUCCAGUUGUCCAAGCAUCAGUUGUGGAGACACCUGUCGUCGAAACACCUAUUGUCGAGGCAAAAAUUGAGACCCCGACUGUCAAAGCCCCUGUGCUAAAACCGUUUGUUGAGACUUCGAUAGAAACUUCUGUGGUUAAAACCCCAAUUUCAAUGAGCCAAGGUAUUGAAACCACUAUUAAAUCAUUGCAAACUCCACUUGCUGCUCCACAAGUUGUUGAUAGUGUUAUUGAAUUGGCUCAACAGCCAAGUUCUAGUGCUGAAUCUGUUGAAGCUGCCAUUCAACAACCAAGUUCCAGUGCUGAAUUUGUUGAAGCUACCAUUGAACAACCAAGCUCAAGUUCCAAAGUGAUCGAAACCACUGUUGAAUCAAUUCAAAAGCCAGCUUCUACCUCUCAAUUGGUUGAAACCGUUGUUGAAUCAGAGGUUACUUCUGCUUCCCCACCUGUUGAGACCAUUGUUGAAUCAGAGAUCACUUCUCAAACCGCUGAAGCCAUCAUUGAAUCAGUUCAGGUUUCUAGUGCUGUGGAAUCAAGUUCUUAUGUUGGACAUACUCCGCUGGUUGAACCAGUUGCUUCUACUUCAAGUGCCGAAUCUUCUUACAUUGUUUCUACAAUCCCUAGUGCUGUGUCAAAAGAUCUUGAAGCCGGUGAAGAGACUAUCUUAGAAUCGACGAUUGUUCAACAAGAUCCUUUGAGUGCUGAUGUGCCGACUAUGGCUGCUACUUCUUCUAUUGAACCUUCUUCCGUUGAACCUUCUUCCGUUGAACCUUCUUCACCAGUGAUCGACUCUACCACCGCAGAAUUAUUGGUAAAUAACGCCCCAGUUGUAUCACAAGUUGCCAUUUUGUCUUCGUCGGUUCCAAACAUCAAAACUGUUCCGGCUCCAAUGGCCAUUAAUGAUGAAGAAUUAAAAUUCCAAGAGGAACCAAAAAUUGAAGUUGAAACCACUAACGUCCAAGCAUUCUCGUCUUCUAUCAUUAGCACAAUUGAGACCGCUGUCCCAUUGGAACCAACCAAUCAUGAUGAAUUAUAA